CUUGUCAGUCGCGAUCGGCAUUUCGUACAGAACGUAUCAUCCUGCCGAGAACCGGCGAAUCUGUGAAAUAAUGUGUCAAAAGUGUUAACUGUAAUAACGACAAGUUGCGUUCUGAAUCCUGGGCAGGCCUUCGCUUAUUCUGGAUUACAAAUAUGAGAAUUAAAACAGUUCCAAGACACAGAAUGCUCCAAAGCAAUAUUAAGACUAAGUCAGCAUUGAGAAGCUCGUCAGAAGAGAGCGAUGCAGAUAUUGAAAAAAAUUAUGAUUCUAUAGAGGCAUACGCGCCACCUUCAAAGAUUCUUAUUCCAAUUGCGACGUUUGCUAGUUCGAACAAAAAGAUUACCUUAUCUUCAUCCACCAGCACAUCGCUGUCGCUGAUUAACGACGAUAAUAAUAAUGUGGAGGUCAUGAAUCUAUCAACAAAGGAUACUUCCAAUCGUGUUGACGACAUCGCGACAGUUACCUCCGUCGAGCCAGAGAACAAACUGAAAGGUUCCUUCCUCUACAAGAUCAUGACCGAUCCAAACUUUCUGAAGAAUAUACAGAGGAACAAACAGCCGAAGAAAUUCUUCUGCGUCUUUUGCCAGAAGGAAUUCGCUACGUGUGAGGAAUUGGCAAGUCAUAUGGAUGCGAAAAGGAAUGAAAGCAACCAGAUUGUCUGCUGCGCCUGCAGAAAGACGUUCACCGAGAAGAGGUAUCUGAAGUACCAUCAGAGAUGUCACUCCAACAGGACCAAGUUCACCUGUGACAUUUGUACCAAGAAGUAUACGAGGCUGGACAACCUGACGAGGCAUAACGUGCUGCACGUAAACCCGGACAAGUACUCCUGCACGAUCUGUAAGAAGACGUUCACGCGCAAGGAUCUGCUCAAUAAGCACCGCAAGAGCCAUGAGAAGUGUAAUCUUUACUGCGUGAAAUGCGGCAAGUAUUUUAGAAGUAUGCUCACGUUAGAAAAUCAUCAAAAAAUACAUCGCCAGGCGUCGAGCGCUUCGGCGAAUAUAGUUGUUUAUAAGACUGAGGGUUCCGUUUCGGUUGAGAACCUAAUCUGCAAAACUGAGAAUUUGGUUUCUGCCGAGCAUAAAGUUUACGAAAGUCACGAUUCAACUUUAGGUGAGAGUUUAGUUUGCAAAACCGAUGAUGUAACUCGCAAAACUUAAAAUUUACUUUCUGAUAUCUGUUAGACAAACCAGAUACUUAGAUACACACACAUGUCUGGUCUGAUUUCUUAUAUUUUUUGAUAAUUAAAGCAAGAAUCUUUAAGGCGAGUGUUAUCGAGUAAGGUACGACAAUACUCUACGAAAAGAUAUUGUCUUGUUAAACAUUUGUUUGUAACACGAGCUAAUUAUCAUAAUUUUGUAUAAUUAUUGCUCUUGCAUUAUUAUGUACUUGUUUACUUUAUUCUAAAAUUCAUAGAUUUAUAUAGAAAUUUGCAAUUUUCAUAAUCUAUUGCGAAACACUAUAUGUGAAAUUAAAAUGGAUAAUUUCUAAAUUUGUGCAGUUAAUUUAUGCAGUUUAAUAUGCAUAUACUGAUUUAAUUUGUUAUUUAUGUUAUCAUGGCAUCUAAUAUUUCUUGGAAUCAUUAUCUGUUACUUAAUUACUUAACUAUAUUACAUGACGUUACUAUUACAACUAAUGUCAAAUAAUCUUAUUCGUGUCAACUGCUUUCCAUGUUAUAAUUAUGACAAGAAUAUUAGAAUAUUAUUCUUUUUCUGUAUAAUAAAAAUAUACUCGAACUUAUACUAAAA